CAGGCUUCCCUGGGAAGUGCUAGUCCAGUUGGCUCUUUAUCAUCGGAGGAUCACGACUUCGACCCGACGGCGGAUAUGUUGGUCCAUGACUUUGACGAUGAGCGUACGUUAGAGGAGGAGGAAAUGCGGGAAGGAGAAUCCAACGUGAGUUCGGAGAUAGCAGACUUGGAGAAGGAGGGCACAAUGCCCUUAGAGGAACUGUUGGCCAUGUACAGAUAUGAAGGUUCAGUUGACGCUGUCGGUGGUUCAAGCGCGGACAGCUCGUCUGUAGAGUUGACAGAUGAGUUUCCGGACAUGACGUUAGACAAAGAGGAGAUAGCGAAAGACCUGUUGUCGGGGGACGACGAGGAGACGCAGUCCUCCGCCGACGACCUGACGCCAUCCGUGACCUCACACGAAACCACCGAUUUCUUCCCCAGAACACUUCGCUCCAACACAGUCUAUGAUGGAGACAAGGAAUCAGAGGGUGAGGAUGAUGUCAACCCAGAAGAUUCUAGAAAGGAGAUCAUGGUUGGGUCUGAGUAUCAGGCAGUAAUUCCCUCCCUGUCCUGUUACAGCGAUGAGGAAAAAGUGUAUGAGGACGAAGAUCAGUUGCUAUGGAAACCAGACGUCCUGCCCGAGUCAAAAGUGAAGGACUAUUUGCAGGAGGCUCUUCUCACAGGCCUCGAUGCGAAGCGGGAAGACGUGGAAGGCUGUCUCGUUCGAGACAACGAGCAGGUUCUUUACGAACUCUUGAGGAGUAACUACAGUAUUCCUGAGGCCCUUGGGCGUUAUCGGAGCAAUGAGAAAUCUUCCAAAGAUGAAAUGCUGCCCUGGUCUGAAGAGGAGUGUCGGAAUUUUGAACACGCCCUGCUUCUGUACGAGAAGAACUUUCACCUAAUACAGAAACACAAAGUCAACACAAGGACUGUAGCAGAAUGUGUUGCGUUUUACUACAUGUGGAAAAAGUCGGAGCGGUUUGAUUUUUUCGUCCAGCAACACCGGUUUGGGAAGAAGAGGUUCAGCAGUUACCCCGGCGUAACGGACCUGAUGGAUAGGCUGGUGGAUGAGGCGGAUGGUCUGGUGGUGGAUGGUGGAGCCUCCAUGUGCUCCAGCAACAGCGGCAGGAUGGAGACGCCAACCGACCAGCAGCUUAACAUCCUCAACUCCAUCACCGCCAGCGACCUCUCCGCACUCACCAGCGUGGCGUCGGUGUGUAACCCAGGUGAGGUGAGCUGCCUGGACUCAUACAGCUUCACGCCCUUAGACGGCCUCCACCGGGGCACCCUGGGACACGAGGAGCCUUUGAAUUUCUCCAACAACGGAGACGGGGACUGUCUGAACCUGCUGGACACGGGCUUCUACCACUCGGAGCUGGCCCAGAUUAACGUGUGCGGGGACGAGUGCGACAGACCCCCGUCCAAAAGGCUGAAAAUGGGCCUGUCGGAACCCUUCAUGAACGAGGUGUCGGUGGCGAACAGGAACAUGGGCGUGGACUUCGAGGGGCGGGCGCAUCACAUCACCAGUGCCAAAAUGGCCGUGUCCGUCACUGACUUUGGCAGCUUGUCUGCGAGCGAAGCUGGUACUUACAUGGGCUCUCACGCGCUCCAUCAGCACGCGGCCCUGCAGUCAGAGUAA